UUGUACGCCUCUGAUCCAAGUCGGUAAUUAAAAAAUCAGGAGGACCUGCGAUUAUAAAAGGCAUCUGGGUAGUCGUACCUGCUUUCCGCUGGUCCUUCCUUCUUCUCGAGACGAGACACAGACACAGACACAAAAACAGAUUAACCAUAAAAUAUGGUUCUUGCCCGGGACGAUAAUGAUGAAAAACAAACACUUGUCAAAGUCGCAGUGAUUGGAUCCGGCUUGGCAGGAUUGACUUCUGCCUAUCUUUUAUCGCACAAUGAGCACUUUGAGCCGCAUGUCUUUGAAAAGGGCGAAAAGCUCGGCAUGGAUGCGGCUUCGAUAUCAGUGGGAUCCAGGGAGGACGACAAGUUCCGGGUAGAUGUACCUAUGCGCUCGUUCAUGUCAGGUUAUUACUCCCACUUGUUUCGACUGUACCAACACUUGGAUAUAUCCUUUAUCCCAGCCAAGUUCAGUUUUGGGUGGUACCGUAUCCAAGCUCCCAACAUAAACGAACCACUCUGCAUUGCGACCGAUCAAGCGACUUACAAGACCCUCAAUCAGUCCCAGUUAAGCUACAGCGGAUCUCGGACAAUCGGAAGCUUAGAAUCGCCCGAAUCUCGGGCAACGACUUUUGGCGAGUAUAUAUACGAUAUUUAUCAGACAUGCUGGAAACUCUACGUUGUGUCCAUAUCCUAUCUCUGGCUUAUGGGAAUGGCGUUAUGGUUACACCAUCGUGGACAUUUACGGGAUCGCGAACACAUUGUGAGUCGCAUGACAUUGGGCGAUUGGUUCCGGCGACAUCAUUUUCACCCUUAUUUCGUGCACGAUAUCUUCGUUCCUCUAUUCGCAGCAGUGUGCACAAACUCAUGGAAGUCCAUGUUGGAUUAUCCGGCAGUCGAUGUUCUUGAGUACAUGGCAAUGGGAUUAUUUCAGGAGUCAUAUGUCGUCUCGGGAGGCGUGCGUAACAUCGUCCAAAAACUAGCAUCGCCUCUACAACACAUCCACCUUCAGACCUGUAUUGUAUCCAUCAAGCCAAGCAGUGUGCCUGGCUAUAAACUUGAACUGCAAGAUGCAUCCGGCAGAAUUUACCAGUUCCAUCACGUUAUCUUUGCAACACAAGGCAAUCAAGCACUCAAAAUUCUUGAACAAUGCCGGUCGCAACUACUAUCUGCUCAAGAAAAGGCCUGUUGUACGGAGGCUGACCAAACGCUGUACAAAGACAUCGGAUUAGCCAGCGACAUUUUGGGUCAGUUCCGGUACGACAAGUCAGUUGUCGUCAAUCACACAGACACUCGGCUGCUUCCAUCCGAUCAAAAGAGCUGGCGAUCCUUGAACUUCGCGUCCUUGGAUAGCUCGGUUCAACUAUCAGAAAAAAAUGACGUGACGAUCCCUUAUCCACACGAUACCACCAUGACAACGCAUAUCUUGACAAUGACACACGACAAUCAUAUCUUGAAAGCAAAGGAUAAUCUGAUAUACAUGCAGACGACCAACCCUUGCGUGUCUCCAUUAGCAGACAAGAUUUUAUCCAAGGCUUGGUUUGAGCGUGCCACGGUUACGUUGACAUCAAAAAAGGCUAUAUUCGAUGGACUGUUUUCUCCUAAAGAUGACCGCAACACAGCAUCAUUGCAGCUAGGCCGGUGUCAAGGAAAUAGUGGGAUCUGGUUUGUCGGCUCAUAUUGCUGGCCUGGCAUUCCGCUCUUGGAAGGGUGUGUCGCAAGUGCUGAAAAGGUUGUAACAGAAGGAAUUGCAGCAGUGGAAGGCGUACCAUUGCAAGUUCCAUGGAAAACUGCAGUCACUUCCAACGAUGCCUGAGUCUCGCACACACACACAUACAUCUGCACCCUAUUUUCACUAGUAAUAAUAUUGAUUUGUUACAACAAUUCUUCCUCCACGCCCGCCUUCCUACAUUAUUUCUUCCUCACUUUGUAUAUUUGUCCCUGUCAACAGUCCGUCCUCAAGAAACUGCAUAUAUAAAAUACAUACCUGAAACAAAACAUUUGUG